AUGACCCAAGAAUUGAGCAAUGUCAUCAUGGGUGUGUCCAGGAUCGCUUCCCUUUCACACAAAGAAUCAGCAAGCGAAACUGGCAAUCACGACGACGCGUUAUCAGACGAUGACUUGGAAACCCAUGGCUCAUACAGACUGAGGCUUGGUCGCCACUCCACCGACCUGGAACAUGCUUAUGACCUUAGCCCACCACCUCCUACAAUCACAGAUCGAAGUUCUGAGCUUAUCGCCGAGCGCUUGUUCUCAAUCGAUCAUCUGCAUGUGAUCCUCAAGGACAAUGUCUACCUUCAGCGUUUCACCACGUUUCUUGUACGAUACCGCGCCCGUACUGUACCCAUCUUGGUGCGGUACCUGGACUCACAGAAAGCUCUCAGAGCGAUAGAGUAUGCCAAUGCGCUGGCAGAUCAGAUUACACAACAGCCGAGUUGGCCAUCAAAAGUCAACGCUGCCUCUCUGGACCCGAGAUUUGAGCAACUGUCUCAGGGCGCAUCAGAAGAACUGGUCGCCGAGGCUCUACCCGCAUAUGUGACCUUCAGCGUCGUUGAUGUUGUCACGGAGCUGCCCAACAAGGAGAUUGUUGGGAGGAACACGCCAUUGAUGCGCGAACUUGUGCAUGGUUUGGGCGAAGUCUACUGUAUGAGUGACCCUACACAAGAGGGCAACCCGAUAGUGUUUGCAUCGGAAGAAUUCUACAACACCACCCAAUACCGAAGUGGAUACGCUAUUGGGAAAGCUUGUCGCUUUCUUCAUGGACCCAAGACCGACAAACGCGCCAUCGAAAGAAUGGACAAGGCAGUUCGGGAAGAGCAAGAGGUUGCUGAGACUAUGGUACAAUAUCGACAAGAUGGCUCUCCAUUCCUAGCGCUUGUUAUGAUCUCACCAUUGAAAGACAACAAAGGUGUCGUUCGCUAUUUCAUUGGCGCUCGAAUCGACGUGACUCGAUUGCUCGAAGGCGGCAAGACGAUCGACUCCUUCCAACAGCUACUCGCUGGUGACGGCCCUGUAUCGCCCACCACUGACCCACUUGAGAACAGACCAACGCUCAGGUCCCUACGAGAUUUUGGAAAGCUGUUGAACGAUGAAGAAAGAAUAUCAAUCAAAGAUUGUGAGGCAAUGCGUACCGACUCGCGGCCUAGCACACCAAAAUUGAUGCACAGUCCAUCGACAAGACGCUUCGUAGGUAUAGAAGAGCGCAUAUCUCAAGAAGGUCUUCGCUCUCAAUACUCCGGACGAACCCCGGGAGUAUACCAGAACUACAUCCUUGUUCGCCCCUACCCCUCCCUUCGCAUUGUCUUCACAUCCCCCUCCCUCCGCAUUCCCGGCCUCUGCCAGUCCAAACUUGAAGACCACAUCGGCGGCCCCGAACACAUCCGCGACAGCCUAGUUGAUGCCCUCGCGCGAGGCAUCGGCGUCACAGCCAAAAUCUCCUGGCUGACCCGCAUACCACAAUCCAGCUCGCGCCUUGAAGUGCCCACGCCCGACAAUGGCGCGAGUAUCGCCACAAACAAUGCGGACACCAUCGAGGGUAAAGCGCGAUGGAUACACUGCACGCCACUCACCGGAUCAGACGGCGAAGUCGGCGUCAUUAUGAUCAUCAUGGUAGACAAGCAGGACGUUGCAAACAACCUGUCGAACAUAAGCAACAUGUCCAGCAUGCGCUCUGCCUCCGAUGAACUCGUGGACCCUGUUCCUUCCCACGCGCGCGCUCGCAGUUACAACAGCAAGGGCCGUCGCUCCCUUGACCACACGCCGGAGCGCUGGCAGCCGCGUUCCGGCCCGCCGAGUGUCGCGAUGGGUGGCACCAUCAGCAAUCCACUUCUGCGGUCCAUAGGCGGGAGUCGGCUGUAUGCGGAGACUAUAAAGGAAAUCAGAGAGUCGCAGAAGAAGCCCGAACCCUUCAGCACUAAACCCAGGGACAACGCGGAUCAGUACCCUGGUUUGGGGCUGACGGCUACUGCAGUCUCAGUUCAGGCUGCUCAAGCAAGGGGUAGGAUAAAGAAGGCCAGAGGCACUUUUUGA